UUUUGCGCGAAAUGCAAGUUAGCUUGCUGCUGAUCAGCGACUGUGGAUACAGUUGAAAUGGUGUAAGUUAGCUAGCGAAAAUUUCAAAAACAAAUUCUGGAAAUAAGACACAUAAAUAAAAGCAUACGAGGUACUGACAACAAGUCUGCCUAUUGCAAGAAUGGACGAAUAUGAUCAAAUGUAUGGUAUUGAAGAUGAAUUUGAGCAGCAGUUCGCGGACGAGCUUGAAGUCAUGGCUGAGAUUGACUACGAGCCUCCUAGGCAAACCAAGGUGUCCGAGUUCAGGAACCAGAAGCCACUGUCAUUUGAAGAUGCUAUCGCCUCUGGGGACCUUAUCCUAAGAAAACAUGGUGCAGUCGGCCUUCCAGGAUCCUCUGCUUCUCAACAAAACACUGUUCCUAAGCCCGCCAGCCCGUUACCUGCCGCUCAGAAUGGCAGUGAGCUUCCGGAGUAUCUGCUGGACAGUGAUGCCCUUCAUAGUCCAAAAUCAAAAAGACCUAGGCAGGAUGUGGCCAAAAAGCUUCAAUUUGGCUUGUCAGAUGGCGGACAUGACAUUACUCCUCCAUCCUCCCCAGAAGACUACAGCAGGUCGGCAAGCAACAGUGUUCAAGCUGUGCCUGCCAGCACCCUGGACAUGAGUGGGCUGGGAGAACUACAGACCUCUCCCAGGAGAAGCUACGCAGCAGCAGCGCAUGUGCUGCGGAGACCCCCUGCUUCCGGAGACUACAUCUCAGUCACAGACUCUUCUGGGAAUAGGGUCUACCUGGCCAAGAAGGAGGAGAGCACAAUGAGCGCUGCGGACAGCAGGGCACUGCGGAACUCUCACUAUUCCCUGGGCCUACUGUCUGUGCCCAUUGAGGUGCUAAUGGAGCAGGUGGCAGAGAAGCGUCAUCGGCAGGUGGUAGAGGAAUCACAGAGGCUGAGUGAGAUGCUAAACAGUCAUAUAGAUCAGGAGUUUGGGGAGUUGGACGGUGGAGAACCAGAAGAAGACCAGGAGGAUGAAGACCAGAAUGGCACUGCCUCACGGCUCUGGGUGGACAGGUUCUCUCCCAGACACUACACCGAGCUGCUCAGUGACGACUUCACCAACCGCUGCUUGCUGAAGUGGCUGAAGCUCUGGGACACUGUGGUGUUUGGCCGGGAGAAAACCGCCAAGAAGCCAAAACCGCCACCGCCGGACAACAAGCUGUCCUUCCAGCAGAAGGACCAGCAGAACUCACGCUUCAAGACCAAAACCCAGAUCACUGAGGAGAUCCUGGAAGCUGAGCUGGAUCAGUACCAAAGGCCAAAGUACAAGGUGGCACUGCUCUCAGGACCCCCUGGACUGGGCAAGACCACUCUUGCACACAUAAUUGCAAGGCAUGCUGGGUACAAUGUGGUGGAGAUGAAUGCCAGUGACGACCGCAGCGCUGAGCUCUUUCAGAAGCGUAUUGACACGGCCACGCAGAUGAAGUCCGUGCUGGGAGCCAAUGAGAAGCCCAACUGCUUGGUGAUCGAUGAGAUUGACGGCGCGCCCACUGCGGCCAUUAACGUGCUGCUGGCUAAUCUGAACCGAAAGGAGAGCCGCGAGGCGGACUCGGAGACGGCGGGAAUCGCCGCACUGAAGAAGAAGAAGAAGAAGACCCAGUCGGUGCUGCUGAGACCCAUCAUCUGCAUCUGCAAUGACCUGUAUGUCCCCGCUCUGAGGCAGCUGCGCCAGCAGGCCUUCAUUCUCACCUUUCCCCCGACACAACCCUCCCGCCUGGUCCAGAGACUCGCCGAGAUCUCCAGGUGUCAGGACAUGAAGGUGGACACGGGGGCCCUGAUGGCCCUCUGUGAGAAGACGGACAACGACAUCCGUUCCUGCAUCAACACGCUGCAGUUCCUGCACGGCCGUGGUCAGAGGCAGCUGGAUCAGCGCUUGGUGCAGUCCAUGACCAUCGGCCAGAAGGACCAGAACAAAGGCCUGUUCUCCGUGUGGCAGGAGAUCUUCCAGCUGCCCAGAGUCAAGAGGAAGCGUGUGGGUGAGGACCUCUUCACAGGCAUGGAUCACGGUGUCCAGGCCAACACAACAGCGCACAGGCUGCAGCACAUCCUGCUCCUGGUCUCCUCCAGUGGAGAACACGAGAAGCUCGCACAGGGGCUGUACGAUAACUUUCUCAGCAUGAAGCUGAAGGACCCCAGCCUGAGGGGUGUGUGCUUGGCCCUGGAGUGGCUGGGCUUCUCAGACAUCCUCGGUGAGACCAUGAUGCACGGCCAGAACUUCUCUCUCAUGAGAUACCUGCCCUUCCUGCCAGCCGCCUUCCACCUCCUGUUUGCUGCCACCAGCAUUCCCCGUAUCAGCUACCCAAACAGCCAGUAUGAGGCCCUGACUCGGACGCAGCACACCAAGAACGUGCUGGUGGCCAUGUUGGCGGAGAUCCAUCCCUCCAUCCGGAGUCGAGUGGGCGUGCUCUGCCUCUCCCUGGACAUCCUAGGCCUGCUGCUGGAGGUCAUCUGCCCCAAACUACGGCCGGUGAACCCUCAGCUCUACAGCACGCGGGAGAAGCAGCAGUUGGUUGAGCUGGUGGACACCAUGCUGUCCUACAACCUCACCUACCGGCAGGACCGCUCUCCGGAGGGCCAGUACAUGUAUCUGCUGGAGCCGAACGUGGAGGAGGCGGCACGCUUCCCUGGCCUGCCCCCCCGCCGGCAGCUCACCUACCAGGCCAAGCAGAUGAUCGCCCGGGAGAUCGAGAUGGAGAGGAUGAGACGGGCCGAGGCCCUGCUGCAGGCACGCAACCCGCGGAGGAAGGAAGAGGAGAAGGAGAAGAACCCUGUGCCCCACAGUGGAAGUCUGAAACCGGCUGCCAGGAACCACCAGCAGAGACUGGAAAACAUUGUGAAGCAGACAGUGGUGGAGAUCAGGCCCGAGGUGGACUUCUUUGGACGUACCGUCGUGCCGAAGGAGAAGCCGGUGUCCACAGCAGCCCCAGGUGAGGAGGGGCCGGUCAGUGUGGAGCUGCGGAUGGGGAAAGCGGUCGGCAACAGCGAGGUGUGGUUCCGCUUCAACGAGGGCGUGUCAAACGCCGUUCGGCGAAAUGUCUACAUCAAGGACCUGCUGUAAAGCAACGCCGGUUCACGUUUGGAGGGGGAAACAAGGAAACAAGGGUCCAUAAAUAAGAUUUGUCCAGGUAGACGAAAUGCUAUUUUUUGUUUGUCUUUUUGAAUGACUUUUUGUAUGCUGUAAAUUCUAGUGCAAGUGAAUAACUGAAGAUUUGAUGCCUUCAACAAGGGAAACGUUUUAGGAUUUUCUUAGGUUUAGGUUUUGUUGGUUAACUUUCAUCACGUGGGACCUUCAAACAAUGUUUAUACCUCACACAAAUAACAUGGUUCAAGCUGUCUAAAAAUCCUCUACUUUAUUCAAUAUGACAAACAUUUUUGUAAAACAUUCAAUAAAAAAUUGUCAUUUAUUGCUCAUCAUCAUUGAACUAGUACUUGUUAUCUUAUGCAUAAUUUCUCAAAGCACUCUUACAAGUUAUCAAGUUAUACAUAGCUAGAUAGACCGUUUUAUAUCUAUAUAUAAAACAAACAAGAGUUAAAACCAUAUUCUUGCCUUUCUUCUGAAGUGUCAGUAGUGGACAGGUUGUGCUGUUGAACAUCUCGGCCAUAGAUUUAGCCGGUGUACAACUACUGUCACUACCCCACACACACAAGACAGUGCAGAGCUUGCUAACAGCUGUCUAACCACCAGCAGUACAUAUACAUUCUCUUUAAGGAACCAGUGUACAAGGCAGUAUUUGAUGGUGAAAUGGCAAAAAAAUGAGUUAACUUCUUUCCAAAUGAGGAACAGAGUGCAGGUCCAAACAGAAUGUUUUACAGCAACAUUGAAAUCUGACAGAGCCCAAAGGACUCAAGUGGUGCAUCAGUCUAUAAAUAAAUAAAUAAAUAAAUAAAGAAGAUGAUUCUAAAACGUAAAA